AUGGCUGUAACCACAGCUUCGUCGGCUGAAUCCGGCGCAGGAGUGGCAGCGUCAACGCCAAAAGCAACAUCCUCUACCUCAUCUCCAGCACCACCAGCACCACCAGCACCACCAGCACCACCGGCCAAAGAUGAGUCUCAAGCUCAAGUACUCUACAGAGAGCGCGAGAAGAAACGUCGCCAACUCCGCGCACUCAAUCAACAAGCUUGGAAGCAUGGUCCGUCGACACCAUCCAAGACGCUCGAUUCUAACCUCAAGAAGAAUACCGCAUUUGUAAAGCGAGUCAAGCAGGGCAUCGGACAUGAAGCACGCGAUCAUCUGCUCAAAGACUUACCUCAGCUCAAUCUCGAAAAGUACCUGCAGGAGCUCACUCAAGCUAUUCCCGAUGGCCUCGCCAAAUGUUCAACGGCGAAAGACUGCUUCGCCGCUACAGAAAUCCUAUCUGCUUUCCACGUCCGCUUUGGGGCUGAAGCGUUUAGCUCUCCGCUCACCAUUGCACUCGAGCAGGCACUGGCUCCAACCAGCAAGACUCAGUAUCUGAACACCGCAACAGAGCAGAAGGAGAGAGACGAGGCUGCACGUAUCGCGCGUCAAAAACCGCUGCUACGCGCCACUGCAGAAUUAGCGCUCGUCGAGGCAGUCGGCCUCUCUCAGGACAACUGUGGAUCCUCCUGGCUUUAUGCUCUGCUCAGAAAUCUACUGGCCACAGACAAGGAGCACUCCAACGCCCCGCUCCUCGUUGCCACUCUCAAAGGCCUCGGUCAGUCCAUACUUGCACCUCGCGUCAAGCAAGACAACGACGGGGCGCUGUCAGAAAGAGCCGACUCGGCCCUCACGCUCGCCGACGCCGUCGACGUCGACCGCAUAGAGCAGUUCGACUUGUCGGAUGCGCCUUUGGUGUCUUCAGAGUGGCAAGCCAAGUUCCGUAAACUUUUCGAGACCUAUUUCCAGACGCUCGCUCGCCGCAUCGUCAAGGAGCAUCAGCGGCUACAGGAUCAAGACCGUAAGAAUCACGAGGCCUACAUCAGAUCCGGCGAGAUCUUUGAAGAUCGCCAGCAGAACUACGAGCGCAUGACAAAGAGCUUCGAGCGCGUCCGCGAUUGGGGCAGGAUCCUGUCCGAGCUGCUCGGGGUUCCAAUGCCUGAGCUCGAGUCGUCUGCGUCGAGCAGCAAUGCUGUCGGUCUCGGUGUCAACCUCGACUCCAAGUCAGCCUUUGAACGUGCCGACGAAGAGUUUGCAACAGAUCAGAGUCCAUGGGAAGACCAGGACUCGCAAAAGUUCUACACGGACAUCUUGGAUCUUGGCGACAUUAUCCCGCAAUCCAUCCUGGCACAAACUACCGGCAUUGUGCUUGAUUCAAACGGCAGCGCGUCCAAGGCGGACGGUCUCGAGGAGGCAAAGGAUCGUCCUGAUGCUAAGGAGUCCGCGACAGCUGCCAGCUCACCCCAACUUGAUGUCGACGCAAUCGACGAGGCCAUGAAUGCUGGUCCGGCAGCACAGCUGGCGACGCUUAUGGCCAAAUUGCCCGACAUGACAAAUCGGAGCAUGAUUGACAGUGCUGCUGUCGACUUUGCAUUUAUUGCCACCAAGCCAGCUCGCCGCAAGCUUGUCAAACACCUGGCUUCACUUCCACGCAACCGGAUCGACUUGGCUCCGUACUACGCCCGCCUUGCGGCCAUCCUGACUCGAUAUAUGCCCGACGUUGGCGUGGGUCUCACUGCCCUGCUGGAAGACGAGUUCCGCUACUUGCAACGAAAGAAAAACGUCGAUCUCACAGAGACGCGCGCCAAGAAUGCUCGGUUCCUUUCGGAGCUCACCAAGUUCAAAGUGACGCCUACGCACGCCAUCUUUCACUGCCUCAAAGUGUGUCUCGAGGACUUUUCCGGACCCAACAUUGAUGUGCUUGCCUCGCUGCUCGAGGGUUGCGGCAGGUACCUAUUGCGCACGGAGGAGACCUCGGCGCGGAUGAGGAGCAUGCUGGAAAUGCUCCGUCGCAAACGCGCCGCUGCCAACCUCGACUCCCGUCAGCUGCUUCUGCUCAACAACGCUUACUACCAGUGCAAUCCACCCAAACGCAAGGCGAUCGAGCAGAAAGCACGACAGCCUAUGGAGCUCUAUAUUCGCCACCUCAUCUAUCAUGCUCUGCAGAAAAAGACGCUGGAUCCCGUGGUCCUCCAGCUGCGCAAGCUGUCUUGGGACGAUGCAGCAGUCUACGGUUGGCUCAAGGAUGCCUUUACCCGCGCUUGGCGCAUCCGGUACUCCAAUAUUCACCUGCUUGCUAUUCUCGUCUACGAGCUCGAGCGCUUCCAUCCCUCGUUUGCCGUCGAGGUAAUCGACCAAGUGCUCGAAAACGUCCGCAUCGGCAUGGAGGAAAAUAUCUUCAAGCACAAUCAGCGCCGCGUGGCUACCAUCUGCUACCUCGGCGAGCUUUACAACUAUCGGCUCAUCAACAGCGGUAUUGUGUUUGAGCAGCUCUGGUCACUCGCCACAUUCGGCCACCCAAAUGGCCGACCGUGGCCAGGACAGGUGGCGCCGCUCGAUGCUCCCGACGAUUACUUUAGAGUUAGGUUGAUCUGCUCGUUGCUGGACACGUGCGGUGCCUGCUUCGAUCGCGGGUCUUUACGUAAGAAGCUGGACGACUUUUUGGUGUUCUUGAACGUCUACAUUCUCUGCAAGCAGCAGCCUCUGCCGAUGGACGUCGACUUUAUGCUUGCAGAGACGCUCGAGAUGUUGCGACCCGACAUGCGGUUCAAAAAGUCGUUCAACGAAGCAGCCGCUGCGCUGGAAGAAGUCUUGGCUGCAAACCGCCUCAAGUCGGCUCAUAAAGACGCCGGCGAGGAAAGCGAAGAGCACAGCUCGGAGGAGGAUCAAGCAGGUUCAUCCAACGGCGGUCAGGAUGGCGGUAAAGGAGAUGCACGACGCCAAGCGAGACACGGUAUCGCGUAUGCUUCUAGCAGUGAUGAUUCGUCCGAAGGCACGAUCUCGUCGGCGUCAUCUGGCUCUUCUGACGGCUCGUCGUCUUCGUCAGGCUCGGCGAUUGACUCUGAUGAUUCCGACUCCGACGAUGGUGAUUCUUCGGACACCGCUUCCAACGACAGCGGAGACUCUGACGAUGAGGAAGGCGAGCUCGGUCGACACCGACGAGACGAAGAGCUGGCGAUCCGCAAAGAAGCCGACGACGAGUUUGACCGCGAGUUGGCCAAGAUGAUGGCGGAACUCGGAUCGUCUGGCGCUGCAUCUGCUCCGGUGAACGCUACGAGCUCCAGCACUCAGCGGUCUCAGCUCUUCUCGCGCACCGCGCUGCCUUCGGGCAAUGCGGGCGGAUACAGCCACAAUCACAGCAGUAAUGCCUCGGGCUUAUCUGAGAUCGGCCUGCCUAUUAAGAGGAAGCCGUCGGAAGUAUCGCAGGACGACACUCUGCAUAUGAAGUUCUCGCUUCUGUCGAAGAAGGGUUCCAAGCAGGUGACGCAUGAGGUGCACGUACCGUCCACAGCAUCGAUUGCGAUCAACACUCGGACCAAGCAGCUGAAGGAAGAGGAAGAGCGUAGGCAGUUGAAGGCGAAGGUGCUCGCGUACGAACGGAGCUCCGAGUCUCAUCUGGACCGAUCAAGAGAUGCAACUCUUCAACAUUCGUUCUCGCGACGUCCGCACCAUGAGCACGUGCAACAGCAUCAGCAGCAGCAAAUGCAGGAGCACGCACAGAGGCAGCAAGAACAUGCGCUUAGGCAGCAGCAGCAUGCACAGCAGUCUAGAGUCCAGGCAGCAGCAAAUCGAGGCGGCAAGAACGCUGCUGGGGAUGACUUUAAGAUCUGGACCAGUCAUGGCUUCUGA